AUGGUUGUGGGUGAGGCCCUGGUGCAUAUGAGGAUCACUGUCCUGCAGCUGUACCUGGGCAUCUUACUCUUCCUUUUUGGAUGGGCCCAGAUUGGCCACUCUCAACACCACAGCCUCCCAGAAGUAGUGAUACCCUUGAGGAUAACUGGCACCAAUAGAGUCAUGAGACCCCCUGACUGGAUCUCCUAUAGUCUUCACUUUGGAGGCGAGAAACACAUUGUCCACAUGAAGGCCAAGAAACUUCUGGUGUCCAAAUCCUUCUCUGUGUUCACCUACACAAAGGAGCGUGCUCUGCUCGAGGACCACCCUUUUGUCCAGAGUGACUGCUACUAUGAUGGCUAUGUGGAAGGGGACCCAGAAUCCCUGGUUGCUCUUAGCACCUGUUUGGGGGGCUUUCAAGGAAUACUAGAGGUCCAUGACACUGUUUAUGAAAUCAAACCCAAAAGACUUUCUACCACAUUUGAACAUAUGAUGGACACAGAGAAGACACAAUUCCCACCCAUGAGAUGUGGACUAACAGAAGAAGAACUAGCACGACAACUGAAGCUCCAAAGGAGUAAUAAUACCAUUCUGAGGCAAAGUGGUUAUGAAGGCUGGUGGACUCACGCAUGGUAUCUUGAAGCAGUUUUUGUUGUAGAUUAUGAGCAAUACCUUUAUAAGAAAAGUAAUAUCUCACUUAUUACACAGGAAAUAUUUGUCAUUGGCAAUACAGUACAUUCCCUUUAAAAAAAAUUGGAUGUUGAAUUGAUUUUACUUGGAUUUGAGGUCUGGAAUGAAAGGAACCUUGUCAGUGUGACUGAUAACAUAUCUAAACUCCUGGAUGAUUUUUGCAAUUGGAGGAAAAUUAGCUUUCAAUCUCGCGUAAAAACUGAUGUUGUACAUUUAUUGGCAAGACAAGAUUUUCAUAUAUAUCUUGGCUUAUCUUAUGUUGGAACUGUAUGUGAAUCUCACUUGGGAUGUGGAGUGAAUCGUGUCAUGGAUGAUAAACCAUUGGAAUUGUCACUUUCCAUAGCACAUGAGAUUGGACACAAUCUGGGUAUGUACCAUGAUGCAGUAAUAUGUACAUGCGGGCAACCCCGUUGUAUAAUGUCCAGAGAACCACCAUAUGGCCCAAAAUUCAGCAACUGCAGUUAUGCUUAUAUGUGGGAAAACUUUCCAUCUAUGAACUGUUUGCGAACUGCACCACCAAAACAAGUGGCCCGCCCCAGAGGGACAGUCUGUGGGAAUGGUGUGGUUGAAGAAGGAGAGGAGUGUGACUGUGGACCCCCAAAUUUGUGUUCAAACCAUCCAUGUUGUUCAGUAAGUUGCACUCUGAAAAAUGGGGCUGAAUGUGCUUCUGGGCUUUGUUGUGAAGACUGCUAUCUCUUGCCACGAGGUAAAGAGUGUAGAGAAAAUGUCAGUGAAUGUGAUCUUCCAGAGUGGUGCAAUGGCACCUCACCUGAGUGUCCAGAAGAUGUGUAUGUGCAGGAUGGGCUCCGAUGCAGGGACAGUGGCUACUGCCAUGAGAAGACAUGCAAUGUACGUGAUGAACAGUGCAAACAGAUAUUUGGCAAAGAAUCCAGGAGUGCACAGAAGAGUUGCUACACGGAAGUAAACCGCCGAGGUGACCGCUUUGGUAACUGUGGUCUCAGUGAUGACCACUAUGUUAUGUGUAAUAUAUCAGACUUCCUCUGUGGAAGAGUUCAGUGUGAGAAUGUGAAAGAAAUUCCUACUUUGACAGGUCACUCUACAGUGCAUUGGAUUGACUUCAAUGGUGUGACCUACUGGGGUACCGACUAUCAUUUUGGGAUGACCAUACCAGAUAUUGGUGCUGUGAAAGAUGGCACAGAGUGUGGUGAUGGACUUGUGUGCAUUCGCCGGAAGUGUGUCUCUAAAUUUUUGUUGACAUUUAAUGCAAAAUGUUCAGCAAAGAACUGUGCUAUGAAAGGGAUCUGCAACAACAAACAUCACUGCCAUUGUGACCCUUACUGGGGUCCCCCCAACUGCACAGAAAAAGGCCACGGAGGGAGUGUUGACAGUGGCCCACCACCUCCUGAACCACCCACUCUACCACCCCCUGCAUCAAUCACUACACCACCCCCUACACCAACCCCUGCACCAUCCAAUGCACCAACCCCUGCACCAUCCAAUGCACCAACCCCUGCACCAUCCAAUGCACCAACCCCUGCACCAUCCAAUGCACCAACCCCUGCACCACCCAAUGCACCAACCUCUGCACCACCCAAUGCACCAACCUCUGCACCACCCAAUGAAACAACCCCUGCACCACCCAAUGAAACAACUCCUGCACCACCCAAUGAAACAACUCCUGCACCACCCCCUGAGAAAAUGAAAUGGAGAAAUUCUUCUCCCGCCAAGAUCCUCCUUUCCAAGCCAGCGCCCACCCACUGUGACCCAGGAGAGUGCACGCCCACGUGUGCCAGCGCUGCUGGCCCCAGGCAAUCCCAACUGAGCAGAGCUGGACGCCGCCCACCCAGAGGAUUGGCCAGCUGCGGGACCGACCCGGUGGGAGGCGGGCUUGGGGAGGCGGGUCGGCAAGCGCGGGGGCGGGAGAAGGCGGUGCCUCCCCGCCCCUCGCUCCGCCCCCGGAGAGGCUACACAGAGGGACGCCCACGUGCCCAGCCCGCCUUGUGCAGCUCGGCGUCAGGCUUUCUACUCAGCGGGGACAAGCGAGGUGGCGGCCGUUCUUCCAGCCACUUCCAGCCUUGCGCAAAGACAAGCUCGCCCACCACCGCCCCCUCGGUUGGCCCUAGCGCAGCAGUAAGUUGCCGGGUCUGCGGCCGCACGGAGGGACGGCCUGGGCGUCGGGGGCUGGCGGGGAAUAAGUGUGGCGGGGGCUCUCAGGCCGUGUCCAGCUGCGCGCAGCUGCCCGGAGGCCGGGCUCCAGUAACUCUUAGGAGGAGAUCCCGGGAGCUGUGGGCUGAGGCUGCAGCUGUAGACUCUGCAAGGCUGCGCUCCGCCGUGCGCCUCUCCUAG